UAUUUUACAAUACAUUUUAUUUUAGAUUUAAAAUUAACACUCAAUAAUUCUUUUGCAUUCUAUUCAUGAGUAGUCAAUUGUAUUUCUCAUGAAAAAUCACCUCUGUAUUAUAAAUUUUUUUAAGCAUUCAAUUUCCAGUAAUAAUAGUUUCAUCUUAAAAUAAAAAAAAUUAAAGUCAAUUUAUUCAUUUUCAUAAUGUAUAGCUUAACAACAACAUUUGAAGAAUAUUUUGAAGGAGAGCAAAAAAAAUAUCCUCAACUCAAGCUAGAGGAUAUUUAUAAACUAAAAGAAAGCAUUGACAACGAAACACAAUUGCCACCAAUAUCAGACAAAAAGCUUAUUGCAUUUCUCCAAUGCACUAACUUUAACCUAGAAGAAGCAAAAAUAACAAUUAUCAACUGUUACAAAUGCUAUUUGAAAAUACCAGAUGUAUUUUGUAGCCUUGAUCCGUUAUCUCCUGAGAUGAAGAAAUUAUAUAAAAGCUCAAGCUUUGGUGAUUUGACUUUAAAGUAUUCUGGAAAAGGUGAAUGUAUAGUAUAUUGGCAAUUCAAAGAUCCUGAUAUAAAAUUGUACGAUUGUUUAUCUUCUAUUAAAUUGUUUCACAUGUGGCUAGAAUAUAAAUUAUUGCAUUGUGGUACUUUUGAUGGAUUAGUAAUUGUUGUUAACACAUCAGGUCUUUCAUGGCGCCAUGUUAUAAAAAUACCUAUUACUAUAAUGGGAGAAUUCUUUGUGUACAUUCAAAGAGGAAUUCCGAUUCAAAUAAAGUCAUUUCAUUUUAUUAACUCAGGAAAUGCAAUCAGCAUGCUAUUCAAAAUGCUAACACCAUUCAUAGAUAAGGAAUUGAUGGAAAAAAUUAAAUUUUAUCCGGUUGAUUCAGAAGAAAUAUUUAAUUAUAUAGCAAAAAACAUUUUACCGAUAGAAGCUGGAGGAUCAGGAAAAAGUCACACAUUUUUUUGUGAUGAGACGUAUAAAAAUAUUGCUACCUGUACAGAUAUAUUAAAAAAAGGAAACGAAGAACUUCAAAAACAUCUAUUUAUAAACAACGAAGAAUACAUGGAUUAAUUAAUUUAAUAUUUUAAUCUUAUAUAUUAUAUAUGAUUAAUAAAUUAUCAAACCACUUUCUAAAGAUUUUUAAAUGUUUACUGUUAAGUAAUGUUUCUUAUUACAAACAAUUAUUAUUAAAAA